AUGGCUUUCAACACAGCGAAAAUUCAACCUUAUGAAAAGAUAAAGGCCAGGGGCUUGCCUGAUAAUGUAUCUUCGGUGUUGAACAAGUUAGUGGUGGUAAAACUCAAUGGUGGUUUGGGAACCAGCAUGGGCUGCAAAGGCCCUAAAAGUCUGAUAGGUGUGAGGAAUGAGAAUACCUUUUUGGAUCUGACUGUUCAGCAAAUUGAACAUUUGAACAAAACCUACAAUACAGAUGUUCCUCUUGUUUUAAUGAAUUCUUUUAACACGGAUGAAGAUACCAAAAAAAUACUGCAGAAGUACAAUCACUGUCGUGUGAAAAUCUACACUUUUAAUCAAAGCAGGUACCCGAGGAUUAAUAAAGAAUCUUUACUUCCUGUAGCAAAGGAUGUAUCUUACUCAGGGGAAAAUACAGAAGCUUGGUACCCUCCAGGUCAUGGUGAUAUCUAUGCCAGUUUCUACAACUCUGGUUUGCUCGAUACCUUUAUAGGAGAAGGCAAAGAAUAUAUUUUUGUAUCUAACAUAGAUAACCUGGGUGCCACAGUAGACCUUUAUAUUCUUAAUCAUCUAAUGAAUCCACCCAAUGGAAAACGCUGUGAAUUUGUCAUGGAAGUCACAAAUAAAACGCGUGCAGAUGUAAAGGGUGGGACACUCACUCAGUAUGAAGGCAAACUGAGACUGGUGGAAAUCGCUCAAGUGCCAAAAGCACAUGUUGAUGAGUUCAAGUCUGUAUCAAAAUUCAAAAUAUUUAACACAAACAACCUAUGGAUUUCUCUUGCAGCAGUUAAAAGACUGCAGGAGCAGAAUGCCAUUGACAUGGAAAUCAUUGUGAAUCCAAAGACUUUGGAUGGAGGCCUGAAUGUCAUUCAGUUAGAAACUGCAGUAGGGGCGGCCAUUAAAAGUUUUGAGAAUUCUCUAGGUAUUAAUGUUCCAAGGAGCCGUUUUCUGCCUGUCAAAACCACAUCAGAUCUCUUGCUUGUGAUGUCAAACCUCUAUAGCCUUAAUGCAGGAUCUUUGACGAUGAGUGAAAAGCGGGAGUUUCCUACAGUGCCCCUGGUUAAAUUAGGCAGUUCUUUUACAAAGGUUCAAGAUUAUCUAAGAAGAUUUGAAAGUAUACCAGAUAUGCUUGAAUUGGAUCACCUCACAGUUUCAGGAGAUGUGACAUUUGGCAAGAAUGUUUCUUUAAAGGGAACGGUUAUCAUCAUUGCAAAUCAUGGUGACAGAAUCGACAUCCCACCUGGAGCAGUAUUAGAGAACAAGAUUGUAUCUGGAAACCUUCGCAUUUUGGACCACUGAAAUGAAAAAUAUUGUGUACACUUUAUACUAAUUAUGACCUAAAUAGUUUCUUACAAUAAAAUAUUCUCUAGGAUUCUAAAAUAGGCAGGUACUUUUACUAUGUUACUGUACACUGCAGUGUUGAUUUUUAGAGUUUUCUGCAGUAUGCUUUCAGUGUAAGAAAAGCACAGAUGGAGCAAAUACUUUGUUUCUUUGAAGAGGACCCCCAAAGUUAAUUCAUCUUAGAGUGCAAUAUUGUUUAAUCUUAAAACUGGGGCAGCUCUGCUGGAAGAUCUUUUAAGAGAAGCCUCGAUGACAGUCACUUUGAAUUGCUUGUGAUUUCAAAAAUAAAGCGGAGAAGCAAUACA